AUGAUUGAAGUUGUUGUGAACGACCGUGUUGGUAAGAAGGUCCGUGUAAAGGCCCUUGAAGAGGACCUUGUGGGUGAUUUCAAAAAGUUGCUAGCUGUGCAAAUCGGCACAGCAGCCGGGAAGAUUGCACUAAAGAAGGGGAAUACCACGUUGAAGGACCAUAUAACUCUGGGGGAUUACGAAGUACACAACGGGACAAACCUAGAGUUGUACUAUAGUUAG